CCUUCAUCCUCCGAGGCUCCAGAGCUAACCGGUCGCUAACCUUUCGUCGCUCCUUUGGAUUCAAACUAUGGCAGACGUUACUGUGCUCGUUUCACCGACUCCACUCUAUCCAAGACCUCAGUCUGCGCUUGGUUUCAGCCUGAAUCUUGCUCGUCGCAGCCAGCCUGAAUUAGCAUCUCCAGUAAUGGUUACUCUUGAGACAGCAGAUCCCUCGACAGCCCCUUCUUCGCCCGUCGAAGUGCGGACAUUUGACGAAGCCUUACUUUUACCGCCAAAGCGUUCAUUUAGAGGGCACAGAAACCAGUCAAGUAGUUCCCGUUCGCAGUCUGCCCCGCCCGAACAGGUUUCUUUCUCUGAACCUGUCAAGGCUCCCACACGACACGUAUUCUCUACGUUUCCAACUACAUCUGCAUACACCCGUGAGCUUCCGCGACCAGCACCUCCUCUCUUCCGCCCAAGGACUUUUUGGCGCAAGACAAAGCGUUCAGGCGUCACAGGCGCAUCCUAUUCUCCCGCUUCCCAUUUAGUUCGACGGUCCACCUUCAUUGCCGCUGGCCUUUCCCUUGACGCACCUGCCGCUGACCUCAGCGCCCUUGGCGUAGAAAGCCGCGUCUCGGUGCUUGUCCUCGGCCCGGAUCAU